GCAUGUUUUAGAUGGUAUCAGUCAGCUUUUAUAGGCUCUUGUACUGAAUUAUCUCUUUAAUGUUAGAAAAUCAAUGGUUUUAAUGUUAGAGUAACUUCUCUUUGAUUGCUAAUUGCUGUCAACAAAACCAUAGUCUUGGCAAAAGCCGCUGUAACACUGGAGUUCUUUUUUGAGUGGGUUUGUUCUUAGCUGUUCUGAGGAUGUUCUUCUGUACACUUCUGUCUAAUUUUGGUGCCUAAAGGGAAGGAAAGGGGGUGGAGAACAGCCACCAGUUUUGUUUAAGGAAAAAUAAAUAAAUAAUACGAGUGCUACUCAUCUCUUGAAAGCAGUUAACUGCCACACUUCUUUCUUUGGUGGCUGCUGGAAGGGUGCAGCAAUCACAAAUGUACAAGACCAAAUGAGAAAAAAAAGAGAAAACACAGAACUAUUUGCCCUAAUCUUUUGCACAAUCUCUUGCUGAAUUGUUUCUCCAUCCGGUGACAGUUAAAGCCCUAUUUAGGAUCUCACUGCAAGAAAUUAUCUCUUUUGGAGCCACUCUUAGCAAAAAAAUAAGUCAAGAACAAGAAGUUCUUUCGUGUGAAAAAAGACAAGACUGCUGUGAUGUUAUUAGCUGUUCGUACUCCCUGAGUGGUAGAGACACUUUAGCAAUCACCUGUGUGAAGAUGGACAUGGUUGUUUUUCUCUUCAAGGGUACAACACAGUGAAAUCUAUCACUAAUCGAGUAAGAGCACAGCCACUUAGUAAACACUCAGACCAUGUUAUGCUCUAUGAAGUAGUAUCCAUUAUUCUGGGUGUAAUAGAACCAUAGGACAGGAGUCUGCAAAAUAAAUGAAGAUUGGGAAAAAUGGCCUGUGAAUUUAAUCUAAACUUCCUGAAAGAAUUGGAAUGGGAAGCUGUUCUGGAAGUCCUGUACCGUGACCAGAUGGUGAGGAAAACAGAGGAGGAAAGAAUAAGGAAACUGAAACUGCAGCUGCAGCAGCUUCGGUGGAAGGGAGCAAGAAAUGCAAGCAAUGAAUACCAGGAGAGAUGUUGUGCUCGCUGCCAGAAGUCGCUGGGACUGUUGAUGAACAGAGGGGCAGUGUGCAAUGGGUGCAGUCACCGAGUGUGCUCCGAGUGCCGGGUGUGCCUGAGCCCCUGCCUUUGGAAAUGCACUGUUUGUUACGCCCAUGGAGAUGUGAAAACAAAAGCUGGUGAAUGGUUCUUUGAGGAACGAGCGAAGAAGUAUCCAGGUGAAGACAAUCAUGAAACAGUUGGUGCAAAGCUCUUGAAAUCUUACCAGAAACUGAGUAAAAUUUCUGUUGUACCUCCAACUCCACCUCCUUUCACAGAAUCCACAGCAGGAAGCAAUGUGACAGUAAAUGAGCUUGGGCAGUCCAGAGGUUUUAAUAAAUCUGUGGAAAAUCUGUUUUUGUCUCUCGCAACACACAUCAAAAAAAUCUCUAAGUCCCAGAAUGAUAUGGCUGACCGAUGUCUCCUAACCACAGACUGUGGCCACAACGUGGAGAGAAGGAAGCAAAGAAGGAGCCUGUCUGACACUGCCAUCAACAUUACAAGCAGGAUGAAAAAUAUGCCCAGUCUUCAACAGCUUGUCACUGGGACCCAAAUUGACAGCGAGAUUCUGAGCAAGAGGAAUUGCAAGGAGGAAGAAGACAUUACAAGCAGUCCCACAAGUGAUGCAGUUUUCUAUGAUGGAAGAAAACAUGGGAGUUUGUGUAGUCUUAACAGUACUUGCACUGAGUCUGGCAACUUCGGCAAGGCUGAUGUCAUAGGAGAAAUAGAGUUUGCCCUAAGAUACAUCUUCGAAGCUUGCAUCUUAGAAGUUUGCAUCAAGGCAUGUAAGAACCUGGCUUAUGGAGAGGAGAAGAAGAAGAAGUGUAACCCGUAUGUUAAGGUUUAUUUACUCCCUGAUAAAUCUCCUUGGAGCAAGCGGAAGACAGCUGUCAAAAGGAGCACAGUGAACCCAGAAUUCAACGAAACUUUGAAGUACAAGAUUGAACCCUCCCAUCUGGGAAACCGGCAGCUUCAGGUCUCGGUGUGGCACGCAGGAGCACUCAAGCACAGGGUGUUUCUGGGGGAAGUGGUGAUCCCACUGGCAGCAUGGAAUUUCGAAGAGAACUCGAUGCAGCAGUUCAGCUGGUACCAGCUCAAACCCAAGCUUGAAAAGCUUGAAGAUGACCUUAAACAACACAACAGUGAACUCCUUGUGUCUGCAAGACUGUCAGUACCAGCCCAGUAUAGAAAUUCCCAGUUUGAAGGGCAAAAAGACCAAGUAGUUCCCAACUGCCAGCUUCAGGUUAUGAUAUUUGGGGCCAAGGACUUGCCUAUGCUGAGAUCUGCUGGAACAACAAACUCAUUUGUUAAAGGUGACAGCAGAUCAGAAGAGCCUACUUGCACCAUCAUGGAAGGCAGGUGUCUUGUCCUUCCAGACCAAGAAGAGGUAAAGCAGAAGUCUCCUGUCUUGAAGAGAGAGGCCUGUCCCCAGUGGAACCACUUGUUUGUCUUUGAUGGUGUUACCCCUGCUGAGCUACACCAAUCAUGUCUACACCUGACUGUCUGGAACCAGUCACCUUUUAGCUCAAGUGCUCAGUUCCUAGGAGGAGCCAAGCUUGGUGCAGAGAAAUCCUUGGGCUCUGCAGACCUUGUUUCUCAGUCAGUGCUCCAGUGGCACGAAGUGCUGUACAGCCCCAACACGUGGAUGGACUUUACACUUGUACUGCAUUCAAAUAAGGAAAACUUUAAAUCAUGAGAGAUUGCUGCACAGCAACUUCACCUUCCCUUCUUUUCAUUCAAGUGGCACACAGCUUUCAAGUCUGGGCAAUGCAUACUGCAGCAGUGCCAACUCCAACUUUGGGGAAACGAGAGUUAUGCAUUUGAAAGUGACAGUCUGCAAGUUUUAGUUCUCAAACAGUUAAAGCUUCUUUAGCUGUGGCUCUAGCUGGACUAUCAGGUCAGUAUUGUUUCUUUAGGAGUGGCAAAUUCAGUUUGCAAUGCAUUGUGCUGAGAAGGCAACAGUAGCCAAACGAUAGGCGGUUUUCCAUUUCUAGGCACAGCAGAACUGCAACUAUUCAAUGUAAUCACAGACAGGACUUAUUAUUGGAGACAAUAACUAUUAAAGUUACACACUUUCACUCCUUGUUGAUGCUUUGUACAUGUAGGUGGGCUCCUUUAUGCUUCAGAGCUAUUUAGAGAGCCACUUCACACAGCUCUAAAAAACUAUGGCCUGUGGCCACAUGCCUCUCAGAAUGUGGCUGUAUCAUGGUGCUUAAAACCAGUUGAGUAAGUUCUCCCUCACGUGGAGUGUGGGACAACAGUUAAGAAACUUCCUACACCUACAUUUAUUCUGUUAACUGCUGAUGUGAGAAAGUACUAACAAAGCUGAGCCACAUGGUAGACAGCCCAGGACAAGAGUUUAGCUAAGGUGAUAAUUUAGUCAUGCAAACGGUGGAAGCUUAAGGCCUAAAUACUGCAUCAGUUCACUUUGCCUCAGCUGUAGCAUCAGUGGCAGCAGAAACUUCAUCUGUACAACUGUAACUAACUGGUGGUGCUGUUAGAUACCUCCACUCAUUACAGCAAGUAUUCCCCUUUCUUUCUUUC